AUGAAGGUAAUCAUCGUUGGCGCUGGCGUGGCAGGGCUGUCCGCCUACCUGCAGCUGAAGAAGCUGCUACCCAAAUCUACCUUGGAGGACAUCCGUAUCUAUGAGUCUCACCGGGGUCAGCCGCCAGUGACGGGCGAGGCAAAUCAACAUCAGGUGCUGGAAACCGAGCCAGCCGCGCUGACUGACUCCGCCACAGUGGUAGGGAACAUCAUCGCGCUGACCCCGACGACUUUGCGACUUUUGCGCUACAUUGAUGAAGGUCUAUACUAUCUGUUUCAAUCUAGAGGCUACCAGAACGAGACCUAUCGCUUCCGAACCGCGCGAGGCCAUUCUCUUGCCACGACAGCCACGGAUGACGGCAGGAGCCCGCGUGAAUACACCGUGUCGUGCCCGCGGGCCAUGCUGCGAGACUGCCUACUGGAAAUCGUCGGAGAAAACAAUGUAAAGUACCGCAAGGUGGUUGCUGUACAUCUGAACAAUGGUGCUAAGCCCAUUGUCCGCUUCGCGGACGGUCGAGAAGAAAGCGCCGACCUGGUGCUUGGCGCUGAUGGCGUACGAAGCGUUGUGAAGGAGGCCAUCUUUGAGCCGGCUGGAGAUGCUACCCUUUUGUCACCGCAUUACGAGCAAGGCUCUUCUAUCUCCUUAGGACCAGUCCGAGAUUCUGCGGCGUCGGCGGCUUUCUUCCAGUACACGACCUCCCGGCUUCGGUUCGAUAUAAUAAGAGCGUCGUAUUCACCUUUGGCCCGACCGGGUCAUUCGGCUAACUACUCUGCAGCCCCUGAGGAACAAGGCAUCUUGGGUUGGUGGUCCAACUGGGGCCAGCCUGAUAUCCCCCAGAAAAAUGUGAUGGACCCGAAUGAAAUCCGACAACAGCUGCGGAACCGCCAUGGGGCCUGGCAAGAUCCUGUCAUACAGCACAUUCUCGAAAACCCGAGCACAAAUCGCGUAUAUCCCAUCUGGACCACUGCCAACCUUCCCUUCUGGAGUGCCCAUGGUGCGGUGCUAUUGGGGGACGCUGCCCACACGUUACCAGCCACCAGUGGGCAAGGUGCCGGCCAGGCCUUGGGAGACAGCGUCGUCUUCUGUUUCCUUCUCGCCUCGUAUUUGGACCGUCCAGCAACAGAGAGCAAAGACGCCGAUUUCGAAUCUCAAGCCAUACAGUUGGCGGCCAAGGGACUUUACGACAUCCAGGCUCCUGGGGUCGUUGCCAUUAAGAGACAGUCACGCAACCUCUACCUCACAGACAAGAAAAUUGAAAAUAUUUUCUUUGAGUAUAUCUAUUACCUCUAUCUUUAUGUACUGAUUCGCAUUCCAAUUCUUGCUCGUCUAAUCCUUGGCACUGUCUUCAGCCCCCCUGAUGAAGCGGAUUUGGAGGAGCAAGUCCAAAGAUAUCUCAAACAAGUCGAUUGA